GCAGGCAGGCAAGAAGGCAGCCUUUCCCGACAGCCUCUGCGCCGGGAGCGCGGGCAAGAUGACGGCCCAGGCCCAGGAGAAGGAGCAGCAGGAGAGGCUGAGGGAGGCGGCGGCCCUGGGCGACCUCCUGGAGGUGCAGAAGCUGGUGGAGAGCGGGGUCAACGUCAACUCCCAGAACGAGAUCAAUGGCUGGACCUGCCUGCACUGGGCCUGCAAACGCAACCACGGCCAGGUGGUCUCCUACCUGCUCCUCUCGGGGGCCGACCGAGAGAUUCUCACCGUCAAGGGGGAGAGGCCGGCCCAGCUGACCUCCAGAGGGGACAUCAGGAAGAUUCUGGGAGUAGAAGACACCGAAACCGCCGCCACCCUGGAGCUGAAGAGAGAAUCGGAAUUACCUUUCAUCCCCAGCUAUCUGGCCAACCCCCCCUUCCCGUUCACGUAUACACCAGCAUCAGCCUUGCCAGAGGGAGAGACAGCCCAAGUCCCGAGUGGGGGCCCCUCCGCGUCCCCCCCUGCAGGGGCCGAGAUGCCCCGCCCGGGUGCGUUCCCGGGUACCCGUGCCUCUUUGCCCCUGGCCCAGAAUGGAGCCGUCCCUCCUCCCUCUGUCUCCCCCACGGCUCCCCCCGCCCCCUCCACUUCACCAGUUCCACACAGGAUGCCGGAAAGCACAACGCCCAGCCCUGGGUGCCAGCCCCUGCCGGGUCACGCUUGCCCCCUGUUCUCCCCCAUCCCCCCGAAGCCACCGGUGCCCAUGGAGUCACAGAACGGCCCAUCCGCGGGACCCCCGCCGACCUUUCAGCCGUUGUUCUUCACCGGAACGUUUCCGUUCAACAUGCAAGAGCUAGUCCUCAAAGUGAGGAUUCAGAACCCAUCCCUUCGAGAAAACGACUUCAUCGAAAUCGAACUGGAUCGACAAGAACUCACCUACCAGGAGUUGCUCAGAGUGAGCUGCAGGGAACUGGGAGUUAGCCCGGAGCAGGUGGAGAAGAUCAGAAAAUUACCCAACACCCUGUUAAGGAAGGACAAAGAUGUUGCCCGCCUCCAGGACUUUCAAGAGUUGGAACUGGUCCUGACACUAAACGAUAGCAACUUUCUGCUCAGGAAUGCAGCCUCAACCCUGACCGAACGGCCUUGUUACAACAGGAGAGCGUCCAAACUGACCUACUGACGGCCCCAGAGGGUCCGCCAGCUGAGAGCGCAGCCCCUCGGGGCUUCGGGAAAACUCUGGAUGGAAAGGCGCGGGGCUCGGGAGGGGCCUGGGUGACCGUUCCAAACCUCAGCCCGGCCCACGGGCGGCGUCCGCCCUGUGGGAACCGGCGACCAGAGGAAGCUGCGGGACUUUUCCGAGAACGGUCCCCGGGAAGAGUUCGCCCCACCUCCCUUCUCUGGCGCGCUGAGGCGGUCGGGGCCCUGCCGGUGACCGAGCUGUCGGGCACGACGAAGAUCUCCGGGGCGCGAGCCCAAGGCUCCAGCCUGACCCGGGAAUGGCAGAGGAGGAGGAACGCGAGGUCCCCGACUGACAGCUUUCCACCCGGGAAUGCAGCUGGGAGGUUUCUUAGAACUAUAGUUCACUGUUUCUCAGGUUAAAGGUAUUUAACACUAUGAUAAGGUACUCUAGUUGUAAAUAGGCUGUUAACCAAAGUAGCUUCCCCUCUCCUUUUUCCUUUCAAACAUAUUCCUGGCUGGCUAUCCUGCGAGACUGCUCUUCCUCCUAAAAGCACCGAGGCAUUUGGUGGUGGCUUGUACCCUCUAGAGGUCGCCCAAACACCAUCAAAAAGCGCCAUUUUUUGUGUUUUCUCUCUAUAUUUCUCUUCCUCUCUCUCUCUCUCACACACACAAUUGGGGCCGUCCCUGCCUAAGCAAAAGGAGCACAAACCCUAAACACCCUGGCAGAAUCUCGGCCCCCCUCCGCUCUCCCAAAGGCCGCGGUCAAAAACCCGUCCGUCGGCACAACUGUCCGGUGGCAGAAGGUGAAUUUGAAAUUACUCACGUUUCUAUGCAACUGUCAGAUCCCAGAGCCUGUCACCGCCAGUUCUGUUUUGCCUCCAGAGGCCAGAGACCCCUUUGGCUCUCCCGGCCUUCCUGUCUUGCGAUAUUUUUGGGAGCGGGGGCUGGGAUGCCCCACCCAGGCUCAAGUCCUGCAGCGAGCGAGCUCAGAAAACCCACCGGAGCCUUCUAGCAGAAAGCCCGAGAAACACCGGGGCUUGUGCCCAGCCCGGCGUCUUUCUCCAAAGUGUCCCUGGGCCACCGGAAGAGCCAUCAGGAUCCCGCACAGAGGCGAGCAGGUGAGCCACCGGAGCCCCCCGCUCCAGCUGUUGACCACCGUCCUGCCAUCUUGGAGAAGUAUUUUUCUCCCUGUAGUGCCUACGGUUUCCAAAGAAACUUACCUUCUUAACUGUGGUAAAGCAGUGUUACGUGGACAAUGCAGCCGGGCGGGAGUGUGUGCAAGCUGUCGACGCACAGAUAUCACUCCCAGCAGAGGCUCUUCCCUGACCCCGCCAGCCAGGCACUGCCCGGGGCUGGGAGGGCUCGUCAGAGCCCCUUGCCAUUCUCCCACAUUACAGCCCGGCAGCUGGAGUAGAGGGUGGAGGUGGGAGAAAAGUUGCUGAGGGUCCCAGCCCAGAGAUGGGCCCGGUGUUGACACGCACCUUAAACUAGAUUCUGGGGAGCACCGCUGCCUGUAGACAAGUCUAAAAGGCCUAAUCUAUGCAUCCAGAGGAAUAUUUUUGUAUGCUUUGGGUAACUGAAAACUUCCUGGAUUUUUUUAAAUUCUGUUAACUGUAAAUUCCCCCAUUUAGUGGAGCAUGAGUUCCCCUUGGGCCUAAAGCAUAGAGUGCAGGGGCCUCAGGCUCUGAUGCAGUACUGACUGUUUAUCCUAACACACGUUAUUGGAAUUAAAUAGUAACCCAUUACCUCA